AUGGCAAACAAUGUCCUGUGGGAAAAUAAAAGUUCUGUCUCUGAAUUCAUCCUUCUGGGUUUCUCAACCAAGCUGCAAACUCAACGGUUCCUUUUUGUUCUCUUCCUCCUCCUGUAUCUGAUGAUUGUGCUGGGCAACGGUCUCAUUAUCAACCUCAUCAGGUUAGACUCUCGUCUCCACACACCCAUGUACUUCUUCUUGGCCAACCUCUCCUUCUUGGACAUCAGUUACAGUUCUACCACAAUGCCCCAGAUGCCCUCAUCUCCUUUUAAAGAGAAAGUCAUCUCCUUUGCUGGCUGUACUGCUCAAAUGUACAUCUUCCUGUCUUUGGGGAUAACUGAAUGCGUUCUCUAUGCCGUGAUGGCCUACGAUCGAUAUGUAGCCAUCUGCCACCCAUUACACUACACUAGCAUGAUGAGCAAGUCAGUUUGUGUUAAGAUGGCAGUCGGGUCCUGGGCCUGUGGCUUCCUCUUUGCCAUGAUGCACACCGGCUUCACUAUGCGCUUGCCUUAUUGUGGACCAAACGAGAUCAACCACUUCUUUUGUGAAGUGCCAGCUAUCUUGGAAUUAGCUUGUGCCGACACACACGUUAAUGAGGUGGUGGACUUUGUGUUGGGGGUGAUCCUACUCAUGACCCCACUUUCUUUGAUUGUGACCUCUUACAUGUUCAUCUUGAGCACUAUCCUGAAGAUCCGCUCUGCAGAAGGGAAGUUCAAAGCUUUCUCCACCUGCACCUCACACAUUACAGUGGUGACUCUCUUCUACGGAGCUGCCAUGUUUAUGUACAUGCGCCCAGCUUCCAGCUAUAAGCCAGAAAGAGACAAAAAGUUUUCUCUCUUUUACAAUGUGGUAUCUGCUCUUUUGAACCCAUGUAUUUACUCUCUAAGAAACAAAGAGAUCAAAGGAGCCCUCUGCAAAUGGAUUUGCAUACAAUAA